GUGCACUCACGCAAACGCACAACAAGACAAGACAUUAGGCCAAGUAAAUACAUGUCUCACGGGCUGUUAGCCUCCUUAAAAAGUGGUAUAAGUAGAGGCUGGAUAUACAUGUAUCAAAAGGUUGACAAGUGAUCUAGACAUGUUCGAGACUUAAAACAGGGUUAACUAGCAACAGACCGGUGCCUAUGGUGUAAUGGUAAGGAUCGUCACUGCACAGCAAAGAUACGAGUUCCAUUCCAGCACGGGGAAUUAUUUUCUAUCAAUUCUUAUAUUGUCUGACUUUCUGUUGGGAUACUGUAUCUACCCCAGCCCCGGCUGGCCCUCACUGUCAGGGCCGAAGCAGCCGGCCUCCUAAAUAAUCUGACAUUGUGUCGGUGGAGGCACAAAACAUUAACAAGCAGUCAGAAGUUAACAGGGCCACCAGCCCAUGUAGGUUCCAAUUCGAUUAAGAUGCAAUGCCUGGUUGAAAUUGAACGUUAUCCUGAACCUGCUGACCCAGUGACGUCAUGGGCUUGUGAAUUGCGCACCAGCUGCAUUUGUGCGUUCUGAAGUCUUCGGCACUGCAGAGGAUCAGUAGUGAACAUACUUUUCAAUCAAGCUGUUUCCUGCUGGGGACUCUGAAGAGAAGGGUGUCCUAACGAGUUCGACGUAAUCAGGAUUUGCAACCAUGUAGGAUCGAGUCACGUAAACAGUAUGAUGAAACGGAAAGGUAUCCAGGCCUUGCUCCCUCCAUGGAUUUCGUCUUUGGCUGCUCUUCUGAACGAUGUUGUGCGCGGAUGACGAAGAUGCAUCCCUCAAGACACCACCCGUCAGACCCAAUGACGUUAUCGACAUAGAAGUGUCCCCCUGUGGCAACUUCCUGCCUGUCGUGUGCAGCAACAGUGGGUCGGACCAGCGCAAACACUGCCAGGGCUGUCUGCCGGGGAAGACCAAGAAAGCCAAGGGAAAGGCCAAGUUACCGACCUGUCUUUCUCGAGCCAAAAAACGGCAAACAGAUCCCAUGAGCAGAGGAGACCCUUUCCUUCCGUCGGUCAUUUCCGACGAGAGCCCCUUCGCUGACUACCCAGUGAAGAACUCCCGUAAGAAGCCGUCCGACUGCAAGUGUAAAGGGUCUGGGUAUAACCUCAGCCCCAGCGCGCUGCUACCAGAGGAGAUGCGCCAGCAGUGGGGUGCGGGUGUCUUUGGGAAGCCCACCACACCCAGUGGCAUCAGCCGAAGUGCCAUGAGUCCAGGAGCUCAGCCCGUCUGUUCUUCUAUUGUCCCGUGCAACAGCGCGGAAGUCGACAACACCAGUAUUGUCCAGCAGUACGCCAGCGCGGGCAAAUGCGAUCCAAGCCCCAACCCGACCCCAACCCCCACGCCAGUCUUGUCCCCAGUUGCCCCUGCUGUGAGAAUGUCUUCGGACAUGGCCAAUAAUAAAUGCCAGUUCUGCUUCCAGAAUAAUAGUUUGUGCACGUGCUUUGAUUUUUCUCACCAGGGAUUUCGUAUGCCAACUAAAAACGACGGGAGGAAGGUGAAAAUAGGUCUGAGGACGACACUUGGCAAGAACAAGGACAUUGGGAUUUCAGUGCCCCUCAGUGGCAAAACUGCCUCCCCUGCGAUGAAACGAAUCCCUUGCUAUUCCUGCAAGGAGCACAGCAACAUUAUCAGCACCAGUAACUUCAACAAGAACGGCACGUCAUCGUCCUUGGCAUUAGAGCGCAGCUACAUAUCACCGUCCUUUGAUAGUGGGUACUUCAAGGCAGGGUUUUCGUGUGGUCGAGGACCAAACCGCGCAAGAAACAGUUUCAGCGGUAUGAGUCUGAGUAAAGCGUACACUUCUAGCAGUGGUGAUUUUCCAGGUAUGACAAAAGCGACAUUUACUCCAAAAGUCCGCAAUCGCCAACUAGCCAGACCUCCACAUCGGAUGCUAAGCAACAUCUCAGCGCCCUCGUUGAUGCCAGGAGAAGAUCUCACUUCCACCCCCGGCAUGUACAAAAGAAGCAGCAAGACUUUACCCCGUUCUGGCGGUUCUCAGAUGCUCGUCCUGGGUAACAGUAGCCACGGCUGCUCCUGUGACACCUGCAGGCGAGUGCCGAGCUUCAUGUCCAGACUGGAUUCCUCCCUGGACUACCCGCCCUCCCACAGCCAGCAGAUGGUGCCACCAGUCUUGAUGUCUUCUUCCUCCUCCCAGAAAUACAAACCCGCCGUUGCGUCAUCCUCUGUUUCUCUCUCCUCGCAGAAGCGAUACCAUCCCUACAGCACUGGUCCUUACGCCUACUCCCAGAGCAGCUCUAGAUCUCUCUACCAGUCACCUGACAUGCAUUCGUGUCCGAGCCCGCCCUACGAAUAUGAGAGUCAUCGUUUCCCGGCCUCUCAAUUGUCCAGCAGUACUCCACUCUCAUUGGCUCAGGAUAUGAGUGCGUUCGAGGCCUCCUUCUCUUACCUAGACAAUGACGUGUUCUCUUCCCCCGCAAACUCCCCUGGCGAGGUCAAGGACAUAUUAGACCUCUCCAUAAAGGACACGGUUGAGUUUUUUGUCAGCAUGAAGUCACCCUUCGUCUCCUCCUCGCCUUCCCCGAUGCCCAGGUCGGCGAACGAGUCCAUCCCUCCUAUGUACAGCUCCUCACUUACACAAGAAGAUGAGUCUCUAUCGCCAGGGCAGCCCGUGGGACUGUCGUCUUGCUUCUGCUCGUUCUCUAACUGCCCGGGUUCCUUUCAGGCCCCUCCACCCCAACCUGUAGAGAUGAGCUUCACGGAGCAGCCGCAACCACCACCACCACAACCCCACAGGCCCAGCCGACGUCCCCACAGCUAUCCCAUGGGUCGCAGUAGGUCCCACCCGUCACAGUCGGUGUCCCUGCUCUACUCGUCUCUCGUCUCGGAUCUGGAAGAUGAACUGAGAAGUGCCAUUGAAAACAUACCAACAGACUGAGACGAAGACACAGCGAUCGUGUCGGUUCAAGGACCAGGCGAGGUGUCCGUAAAUGACAGGACCGUGGCUCGUCAAAAAGGUUUGACGCUUUCUGCAGCUUGUAUCCAGAUUGGCCAACAGCUUGGGGCACUGUUGCGACAAAGAAAGCAAAUAAGCCUUACGGGGUACACAGGGGAACCUCUUGUGUUCUUCCGAGCCCUAACAGUACGAAACGCGAUGUUUUUGGCGCAUUCCAGAGAUGUGGGGGAAAUGUCAAGAACAAUAAUGUCUUGAUGAAGGAAACACUGAAAUAUUAGUUUUUGUGUUCAAAUUUCAAAUGUUCUUAUGCCUGUCUAUAAUUUAGCACUCUCUUCCCUCGGAUUUCUCAUGUCAACAUGUAUUACAAAUGUUUCUUAUACAUCCAUGUCUUGAAUGUGAAUCCACGGGGCUUUCAUGUGAAUAGCAAAUAUCCAAAAUCAAUGUUAAGUCUUUCUUUAAAAAAAAACCCAAAACAACUUGCAUAACAGGCCAGUUUUCGUUCGUCCCUGUUGUAAACAUGUACAAUAUUAUUAGCCAUUAGAUGGCUCUACGCGAUUGCAGUCUCAUACAUUUCCCCCCCUGAUAUUUUCAUUAUUAUUUUAUUCAAGUAUAUUGGUUCACAUAUAUUAAUAAGUGGUCCAUCCUGCCAAUGGUGCUGGCCGUUACUUUCGUGGGUUUGCUUUUUCAUUUGCAUCAUUGUUUGAUUGUGUAACUGACCACUUAUUGGGAAAGGAAGUUUUUCCUUUCUAAUAAUAGUAUGGAACGUGUCAAAGUUUAUCCCCCCCCCCCACCCCCACAAUAAUGCCACCAUUAGCCAUAAACGGAUGAUUAUUAAGGAACGUUUCUCCAGUAUUCUAGCACCCAGUCUCUUUUGAAAAGAGUUUGGAAUUGGCACAGUUGUUUCAAAAGAUGCUGUGAUUGUUAUGCUGAUUGUUUUAGCCCUCUGUGAUAACCCAACAUAAAAUGAAUUUGCAUAAACCAGACGAGAUACGGGAUGUAUGUAUUUGUAAAGUAUUCCUACAAUUGCAAUGUCUUAUACUUUACCACAAACUGCUGUUUGUGUUGAUAAUAGAAUAUUUCUUUCUAUGACGACAGUCACUUGUGCAUAUAAAAAGUUGUGAGUGUAAGUAUGCGCAUGUCAGAAAAUGAGUGAAAGAGAAAGGCAGAGGGAAGGAAAGAAGAAAGGUAAAAGAGAGAAUGCCUUAGAGCUUCUCUGAAGCACUUGUGAUUUUCAGAGAAGUAGAUAGCACAUUUUGUGUCAGUUUCUUGUAUUGGUUUGAUCUUGUAUUUUCUAACAGUACGUUGUCGCUGUUGAUGAUGACUAAAAGAAAAAUUGCUGAACAGAUUUGUUAAAAAACCAUAGACAAUAGAGCAAGCAAGAACGGUGCAAUCACGAAACUAUUGAGUGUUGUUUCUGACUCUAGUUAGAAUAAAACAAUUCUUUAAUAGCAAUUUUGUUCAUUUGUUUCAAUUCCUGUAAAAAUAGCCAAUCACAGAAUAAC